UAAUGACAGAGACAGUAGAACAUCUUCGUGAUUUCAAUUACUUUAAAUUGAAUACAGACGUAAAAUCUAUUCUAGCUGAAUACAUAUGGAUUGAUGGAACUGGAGAAAGAAUGAGAUCAAAAACUAAGGUAUUUAAUUCAAUUAUUAUUUUAGGUUUAUAAAGACCCAAUUACUAAACUAUCUGAUUUAGAAUGGUGGACUUAUGAUGGCUCAUCAACAGAAUAAGCUAAUACUAAAUGGUCUGAAAUAUAUUUGAAACCUGUAGUCUAUGUUAAGGAUCCAUUUAGAGGUAGUCCACAUGUUUUAGUAUUGUGUGAAACAUAUCUCCCUGAUAAAAAAACACCAGCUAGAUAUAAUUUCAGGUUUUUUUUCUUUUAAAUAUAUUUUUAGAUUCAUUGCCAAUGAAAUUAUGGAAAAAGCUAAAGACUUUAAACCUUGGUUUGGAAUAGAAUAGGAGUACUUUUUAUUAAAGAGGACUGGUACAACUCAUAUUUGGCCUCUUGGUUGGCCAACAGGAGGAUUUCCUUAUCCUUAAGGAAGAUAUUAUUGUUCAAUAGGAGAAAGAAACAAUUUUGGAAGAGCUUUAGCAGAAGCACAUCUAAGAGCUUGUUUAAAUGCUGGUCUGAAGAUAGCUGGUAUCAAUGCUGAGGUUGCACCAUCUCAAUGGGAAUUCUAAAUUGGUAUUGCUGAAGGAAUUGAAAUUGGAGAUCAUCUAUGGUUAGCCAGAUACAUAUUAGAGAGAUUAGGAGAGGAAUUUGGUAUCGAUAUAAACUAUGAUCCAAAACCAAUUUUGGGAGAUUGGAAUGGAUCAGGUGCUCAUACAAAUUAUUCAGAUGUUAAAACUAGAGGACCUGGAGGAUAUCAAUAUAUAGUUAAUGAAUUGAUUCCAUUAUUACAAAACACACAUUAAGAAGUGUUAAAGUUAUAUGGAGCCAAUAAUGAAUAGAGAUUGACAGGUAAUCAUGAAACAAGUUCAUAUACUACUUUUUCAUGGGGAGAUGGUUCAAGAGGAGGAUCCAUCAGAGUACCUGUAAUUACAAAAGAAUUAGGAGCUGGGUAUUAAUGAUAAUCCUAUAUAUUUUUAGUUAUUUGGAAGACAGAAGACCAGCUGCUAACAUAGAUCCAUAUUUAGUAAGUGCAGUCAUUGUUGAUGUAGCUUUAUUAAAUAGUACCUAUGUGAAUCAACUUAAAUAAUUAUUAGUUGAUUCUGCCAAGCAAUUGUGAA